UCUUUACUAAAUAGCUUAAUUAAACAGCCUAUAACCAGUUUGAUUGUUUUAUUAUACAACAAAAAGCAGAUUUUAUUAUAAAUACCGAUAAAAGAUGCCUGCUGCAGGAAAGGUACUUCAAUUCUCACCAUCUUUGGUACACUUUUUCAACCGAAAUAUGUCCACAAACUCCCAUCCUAUACUAUAUUCAUACUGGGCCAGUUCAUGUUCGUGGAGAGUUCGUAUAGCACUGAAUCUCAAAGAUAUAAGUUACGAUAUUAAACCAACAUCCUUGCUGAAGACAGUCAGCAAUCAUGCUUAUACCCCUGAGUAUCUAAAAGUGAAUCCCAUGCAGAAAGUUCCUGCUUUGAAGAUUGACGGACAUUCCCUGUGCGACUCUGUGGCGAUAAUGCACUAUCUCGAGCAGACUCGUCCGCAGCCUACUCUCCUGCCCCAAGAUCUUUUGAUCAGGGCCAAGGUCAAUGAAAUUGUGCAGCUGAUUUGCUCGGGCAUUCAGCCGCUGCAGAAUGUCGGGGUCCUGGAGCAUAUCGGUAAGGACAAGAGUCUGGAAUGGGCUCAGCACUGGAUUUCCCGGGGAUUUAGCGGCCUGGAGAAAAUACUUGGCCAAUCCGCGGGCAAGUAUUGCGUGGGAAAUGAGCUCACAAUGGCGGAUAUUUGCCUGGUGCCUCAGGUACACAAUGCCAAAAGGUACAAAGUCGACCUGAGCCCAUAUCCAACCAUAGUCCGCUUGGACAAGGAGCUGCUGGAACUGGAAGUGAUCAAGUCCACUCAUCCCUUCAAGCAACCAGACUGUCCGCCAGAAUUUGCAAAGAAAUAAUUAUUCCAAUUAAGGAAAAUUAAUAUAUUCCAUUUGCCUUUAUAUAUAUUAUAUG